UCGCCGGGGAAGCGCCUGGGCGGCGGGUCUCGGGCGGCCAUGGAGGGGGACGGCGAGCGGGCGCUCUGCCUCUUCGACGUGGACGGCACCCUGACCGCGCCUCGACAGAAAGCCACCCCAGAGAUGGCGGAUUUUCUGCAGGCGUUACGGAAGAAGGUGAAAGUGGGCGUCGUGGGCGGCUCAGACUUUGAAAAGAUCCAGGAGCAACUCGGAGACGACGUGGUUGAAAAAUUUGACUACGUGUUCCCAGAAAACGGUCUAGUGGCAUACAAAGGUGGAAAACUCUUGAGUAAACAGAGCAUUCAAGGCCACCUGGGUGAAGAACUGCUCCAGGAUCUCAUCAACUACUGCCUGAGUUACAUUGCAAAAAUUCAUUUGCCAAGGAAACGGGGCACGUUUAUUGAAUUCCGAAACGGGAUGUUGAACGUGUGUCCCGUCGGCAGAAGCUGCAGCCAGGAAGAGCGGAUUGAGUUCUACGAGUUUGAUAAGAAGGCGCAUAUAAGAGAGAAAUUCGUGGCUGAUUUGCAAAGGGACUUUGCAGGAAAAGGCCUCACGUUUUCUAUAGGAGGCCAGAUAAGUUUUGACGUCUUCCCAGAGGGUUGGGAUAAGCGAUUCUGUUUAGAAAUGGUUACCAAGGACGGCUUCAAAAAGAUCCAUUUCUUUGGAGACAAGACCAUGCCGGGCGGCAACGACUAUGAAAUCUACACGGACUCCAGAACCAUCGGCCACAGCGUCACUUCGCCCGAGCAAACCAGACAGAUCUGUCAAGAGCUAUUCUUCACCUAGAGGAUGGGCGUAGUUUGCACCAAAACACAGCAAGCCAAUUUCAGGGCCAGUAACUGUAAAAUAACAGCUGG